AUGCCGCGGUUCUACGAGAACAAAUACCCAGAUGUCGACCAACUGGUCAUGGUCCAAGUACAAUCCAUUGAAGACAUGGGAGCAUAUGUGAAAUUGCUCGAAUACGAUAACAUCGAAGGAAUGAUCUUACUUUCCGAACUUUCAAGAAGACGUAUUAGAUCAGUACAAAAGUUGAUCAGAGUAGGAAGGAAUGAAGUCGUAGUUGUCAUGCGUGUGGAUCCUGAUAAGGGUUACAUCGAUCUUUCCAAACGAAGAGUAUCAGCAGAAGAAGUCGUGAAAUGUGAAGAACAAUACGAAAAAGGAAAAGCCGUCGAUUCAAUCUUAACUCAAGUAGCAAAGAAAAGAGGUGUAUCUCCUGAAUCGUUAUAUGAGAAAAUCGCUUGGCCAUUACAUAAACAAUAUGGACAUUCAUACGAAGCUUUUAAAGCUUCCAUCAGCGAACCAGAAGCGAUCUUCAAUUCACUUUCAUUAGAUGAAGAUACAUUGUCCGAUUUGAAAUCUGCUAUUGCAAGAAGAUUAACACCCAAACCAGUAAAAGUACGAGCUGAUAUAGAAGUGAAAUGUUUCUCAUAUAACGGUAUCGACGCUAUUAAACGUGCUUUAUCAGCUGGUGAAGCAUUAUCAACAGAAGAAAUUCCGAUUAAAGUUAGAUUAGUAGCUCCUCCUUUAUAUGUCAUGUCUACUACUUCAACGGAUAAACAAGGUGCGAUCGAGUUGAUGGAAAAGGCUGUUGAGACUAUUGGUGAGAGUAUUACAAAAGAAAAAGGUGAUAUGUCAAUUAAGAUGAAACCCAAAGUCGUUUCCGAGACCGAAGACGCCGAACUCAAAGCACUCAUGGAACAAUUCGAAGUUGCCAACAUGGACGUUGCAGGUGAUGAUGAUUCCGAUGAAGAUGAAGAGUGA